AUGGCGGUCCACCACCAAUUCGACACCGUCAAACGAAAAUGGUACCACAUCAAAUGGUUCGCCGACAGCGACACUCCUCGCGAGCGGCGUCUCAUCAUGAAGCUCGACCUGCUCAUCGUCCCCUACGCCUUCCUUGCCUACUGGAUCAAGUACAUUGACCAGGCCAACCUCAACAACGCCUACGUAGCCGGCCUCAAAGAAGACCUCAGUUUCCACGGCAACGAGCUCGUCCAGCUGCAAACGCUCUACACCGUCGGCGCCGUCGUCGGCCAAAUCCCCUUCAUGUUCCUCUUCACCUACCUGCCCAUACACUGGACGAUUCCCUUCCUCGACAUUGCCUGGGGUUUCUUCACUCUGGCCCAAUACCGCGCCAACUCCUUCGCCCAGAUGGCCGCCUACCGGUUUCUGAUCGGCUGGUUUGAGGCUGCGUUUUACCCGGCUAUGCAUUACAUCUUUGGGAGCUGGUACCGUGGUGAUGAGAUUAGCAGACGUGGAGGGGUUUUCUACUCGGGAUUGACGCUCGGGACGCUGACAGCUGGUCUGAUUCAGUCUGGGGCGAGUGCGAGGUUGGAGGGAGUGAAUGGUCUGGCUGGGUGGCGGUGGAUGUAUAUCAUUUGCGCGGUGAUUACCAUUCCUAUUGGCAUUCUUGGCUACUUCAUCUUGCCUGGCACGCCGGAGCAUCCGAACAAGUGGUUCCUGAAGAACGAGGAUGUGCAGAUUGCAAAGGAGAGGUUGGCGAGGGUGGGACAUUCCGUCGUCCACCCCAAGUUCAAGCUGUCGACACUGAAGAGUCUGGCAAACAAUUGGAAGUUUUGGGCGCUGAUGUUGCUGGAUAUCUUCUUCUGGAAUGGGAGCAUCAACUACUCGGCUGGAGGGUACUUGCUCUGGUUGAAGAGUCUGGGACGUUACAGCCAGUCCAAGGUCAACGAGUUAGGAACCAUAAGUCCGGCGAUUGGCAUCUUCUAUGUCCUCUUCAUCUGCUUCAUCUCGGAUCUGGUGGUCGGACCGGCGUGGGCGAUUACGAUUGCCCAUAUCUGGAACAUCAUCGGUCUCAUCAUCCUGGUCAUCUGGAACGUCCCCGAGUCGGCGCUCUGGUUCGCGUUCAUGACGACGUACUCGUCCGUGGCCAUGUCCGCGGUUUUGUACGGUUGGGUUAAUGCCGUCAUGGGGAAGUCAUCAGCAGAAAGGUCGUUUGCCAUCGUGUUGCUGAACACGGUGGCGCAGAGCACGACCGCUUGGACGCAGCUUUUGACGUUCCCAACCAAGGAGGCACCCCAGUUCAAGAAGGGAUACUCGUUUGUCUUGGCGAAUGCCGUUUGCUUGAUCAUUACGGCUCAGUUUUUGAAUGUUGCUUUGAAGAGGUCCAAUAAACCGGUUGAUGCCGAGCAGAAUGCGGAGACCGGAUCUACGGCGGCAUCCAAUUCGGAGAAGGGACAGGAGGAGGUGAACGUGACUCCGGAGAAGAGUGGUUAG